AUAUCAGGAAACCAUUCCACACUAGACAUACAGUAUGGAUGCUGAGCCGGCCUUCUUUUUCUGGAGAUUGUCCCUCAUUUUAGAAUGAAAGGACAGUUGUUCUCAUGUGUCACAUCUGCCUUUAAUCUGAUUAAAGGUACUGUGAAAGAUGACUUUAAACCCUCAGUGUUCACUGUUGUUAAACAGUCAGAAAAGAACAAAAAGCAAGAUUCAAAAUGGAUGCGGAGAUGAUGGCAACACAGAGAGAACAAGACACUGCUGAAUAUCUCGAAAAACACAAAAUAAUUGAGCUCAUGGACAAUAUGACCAGCAUGCUCUUCUUUUACAGGCCUGAGAAACCCAGAGAGUUUCUUAUUGAGCAGCUGAAACGGCUGCAGAUUUCCAAACGGAGUGGUAUGAAAGGGCCAAAUUUGUUUGACGACUCCAACCUGAACGCAGUCUUCGGAAUACUGGACCCCACUAAUCAGAACUACAUCACUUUUGCACAAUACAAGCAAGCACUGCUCACACUGGGCAUUAAGGACAUCAAUGAAUGUCCUGAAGGUGUCGGUGAAGACCGAAUAUCCAACAAGACAUUCAAAACAGAAGCGAUGCAAGGCCUGCAGAGAUGCUCCACAACAUAUGAACAUCUGUGAAAUUUAACCUUUUUGUCUACUCAGCUGAUGUCUAUUCCAAUUUUUAUUCAAUUUAAUAUUUUACCAUAUUGAUGUCAUGUAAGUUGUCAGCCAAAAAUGUAGUGUGGUGGAAUAUCUCAAAGCUCAUAUUUAGGUUUAAUGAGUAAUACUCUACUGCAUGUAACUGUACUACUAUUAGAUAAAACUUUAGCACAACCUAAUAUACUGCUACUGGUUUUUUGACCUCUUACUGUUUUUUAUUUUUGUUUAUUUUAUAUAUAAUUGAAGGACAGAUUCUAUAAUCAAAUCAAACCAUGUAACUGGGCAUGUCACAUUCAUGCUAUACUGUAGACGCUGCAUUUACCUCCAUGAAUAUGUCUGAUGUUGAUAAUACUCAAUUAAAACAAAAUGCAUUUAUGA